AUGGUCGUAGAGAUUUGCUACGCCUAUGCAAAAGUGAGUCCAGAUGUUCUUUCUCGUGUCGUCACAGAAAUUACAGAUACUUUUGGGCCCGAUCCUUCGCAGGUGCAGAACAGAAUCCACGAAGAUCCACAACUCCUCAACAGGACACCUUACAUUGUGGCUUUCAUCAAGGAAGUGCUCCGCAUAUAUCCACCAGCGGGAGCCCUACGACAGGGCCGUUCAGACGUGCAGGUUGUGGACGAAGACGGCCGUGUGUAUCCCACCGAGGGAUGUAACGUCUGGACGCUGCCUUUGGCUAUCCACCACAGCCCCAAAUACUGGAAAGAUCCCGAGGCCUGCAUUCCAGAUCGCUGGCUUGUUGGACCCGAAGACCCUCUGUAUCCGCCCAAAGGUGCCUGGCGGCCCUUUGAAUGGGGCCCCCGAAACUGUAUUGGACAGACAUUGGCUAUGAUCGAAUUGAGAAUCGCGCUAGCCAUGACGGUGAGGGAGUUCAGCUUAACGCCUGCGUACGACGAGUGGGAUGAGCUUCACCCUAAGACUGGCAUCAACAGGGUCAACGGAAACAGGGCGUAUCAAGCUAUCAAAGGUGGAGGCGGUGCCCAUCCAGCGGACGGAUUCCCUGUGAAGCUCGCUCUACGAGCGCAUUGAGUUAAAUGCGAGCAAGCGAAUGACCGGCCACCCUGCUCCGAGAGCCUGAGACAAACGGUCAUCCACCGUCUCAUCGACGUCAGUUUAGAUAAUCAAAGGGGCGUCACAAAAGCAAAACAUGGGAAAAGACUGCAGUCUUGUCGGAUUCCUAGACCUUUUGUAAUGAUUUGUUUUAGGAGAUGCUGUGGUGUUAUUUCGAUCUAAACGUAAGCAUCAUGUGUGACGCAGACGGCAAGGCCAGUCAUCGUCUUCAUUAUUUCGGAAAAGAUUGUUUGACGGUAAACCGAGUGACACAUGAACUGAAUAAGUCUGAGGUUGAAAAUCGAGAGACUUCAGGUUCAGGAUUGCGGUGUCGAGAAACCCGACGCUGAGUGGCCUUUGAAGUGGGAACGAGCCAGUCCUCGGACAGAAUCAGAGGCCUUCGGGCUGCGGGUUUCGGCUCAACCUCCGGAGC